ACUCAUGGUAAAAAAAAAUAUAACAUCAUAACGUUGUGGUACUUACCUUAUAGUCACUAUCCAGUAACUGAUUAAUACAUGUUAACUGUUGAUAUUUUGAUUUUCUCUCCUUAUUUUUUUCUCUCGUACCUAGCUUAAGUUUUAAUAGUGAAUUUUACAAGACGCUGUGAAAAUGAUUGCCACACAAAUUUUGAUUUUUAAGGUUGUAUUAAUUUCUUCAGUCCAUUUUAUAACCUGUCCAGCUACUGUAACUGGCGUAGCAACGAAACCAAAUAUAAAACUAUUUACUGAUGUAGAUAAUAAACCAGAAGAUCCAACCACGGUCAAAGAAGAAUUGAACCAAUCAGAGCCAGUGAGAAAAUCAGUUCCAACCAAAAUUCGUCAUGUGGUGACUAAAUCCAUUGGUUUAUUUUUUUGGCCGUUAAGAAAAUCGUGGAAUGUAAUCAAGAACUUUAUUCCGUUACGUAAAAAUAUCUUCGCAAAACAAACGGCGACUAAGAUUGAGAUAAAUGAAUAACGACAUAGAUGAUGAUUUAAAAUAAUUUUAAUUAUUAAAAAUAAUAAUUCCAGUUUCAGUUAUUUUACAACUAUUUUAGAAUCGUUUUCUUUAAUUAAAAACAAAAAUAUCAUA